GCACUGUUACUAUAUUUGUGUGUGUGCGUGUGUGUGUGUUAAAUCAGCUGCCGUCUCGGUCUCGGCUACAACUGCGGUUUUUGCAUAACAAAAAUAACUUACAAAAAAAAUUAAUUGAAGACCAAAGAAUACUUAGUCAAAACUGUUGUUGAAAUCGAAAAAAAACGUAGAGACUUAGUUGAAAAUACACAACAACAAGAACAACAACAGCAGCAAUAAUAAAAUGGGUCAGUACACGGCGUCACAGCGUAAAAAUGUGAGAAUUUUGCUAGUCGGCGAUGCUGGAGUUGGGAAAACAUCGUUAAUCUUGUCGCUGGUUAGCGAGGAAUAUCCGGAGGAGGUGCCGCCACGUGCCGAGGAGAUCACAAUACCGGCAAAUGUGACCCCCGAACAGGUGCCCACAAAUAUAGUCGAUUUCUCGAGUGUCGAGCAAUCGGAUGACGCAUUGGCCGUGGAGAUAAACAAAGCGCAUGUUGUGUGCAUUGUUUACGCCGUGGAUGAUGAUGAUUCCCUUGAUCGCAUCACAACUCAUUGGCUGCCCCUCGUGCGCGCCACAUGCAACACCAACAACACCAGCAACAACACAAGCGGCGAUUCCGAAUUGUCACGAAAACCAAUUGUUCUGGUUGGCAAUAAAAUCGAUUUGAUUGAGUAUUCCACCAUUGACAGUGUUCUGGCCAUUAUGGAGGAUUAUCCAGAGAUCGAGAGCUGUGUCGAAUGCUCCGCCAAGACGCUGCACAAUAUUUCCGAAAUGUUUUACUAUGCACAAAAGGCCGUGCUGCAUCCCACCUCCCCACUGUACAUCAUGGAAGACCAAGAUUUGACUCCCGCCUGCAAGAAAUCGCUGGUGCGCAUCUUUAAGAUCUGCGACAUUGAUAGCGACAAUCUGUUGAAUGAUUACGAGCUGAACUUGUUCCAAAGACGCUGCUUUAAUACGCCGCUGCAGCCGCAGAUACUGGAUGAAGUGAAGAGUGUGAUACAGAAGAAUGUGCCCGAUGGCAUCUACAAUGAUGCAGUGACUCUCAAGGGAUUCCUCUUUCUGCACUGCCUGUUCAUACAGCGGGGACGCAAUGAAACCACUUGGGCGGUACUGCGUCGCUUUGGCUACAACGAUCAGCUGGAGAUGUGCCAGGAGUAUUUGCGUCCGCCCUUGAAGAUACCACCUGGAAGCAGUACGGAACUUUCGCAUCGUGGUCAACAGUUCCUGAUUGCGGUCUUUGAGCGCUACGAUCGGGAUGGAGAUGGUGCACUCUGUCCGGAGGAGCAUAAAAUGCUGUUUAGCACUUGUCCGGCGGCUCCAUGGUCCUAUUCCACGGAUAUACGCAAAUCGUGUCCCACCAAUGAGGCGGGUUGGGUUACUCUACAUGGCUGGUUGUGUCGCUGGACGCUGAUGACGCUGGUGGAUGUGGUCAAAACACUGGAGUACUUGGCCUAUCUUGGUUUCAAUGUCCAUGAGAAUGACAGUCAAUUGGUGGCGAUACAUGUGACACGGGAGCGACGCAUUGAUCUCGCCAAGCGUCAGUCGAGUCGCUCCGUCUACAAGUGUCAUGUGAUUGGACCCAAGGGAUCGGGUAAAACCGGUUUAUGUCGUGGUUUCCUUAUCGAGGAUAUGUCUAAACUGCUGGGCAAGGAGUUUAAAACCAAUGUGGUGCACUGCAUCAAUUCGGUGCAGGUUUAUGGCCAGGAGAAGCAUUUGAUAUUGCGUGACAUUGAUGUGCGACACGCCCUCGAUCCUCUCCAGCCGCAGGAGGUGAACUGCGAUGUCGCCUGCCUGGUGUAUGAUGCCUCCAAUCCGCGUUCCUUUGAGUACAUCGCUCGCAUCUACAUUAAAUACUAUGCGGAGAGCAAAAUCCCAGUCAUGAUUGUGGGCACCAAGUGUGAUCUGGACGAGCGUCGUCAGGAUUAUCUAAUGCAACCAAAUGAGUUCUGUGAAAAGUAUAAACUUCUGCCGCCGCAUCUAUUUAGCCUCAAGAGCAACAAGAAGGAACUGUACACAAAGCUGGCCACAAUGGCAGCAUUUCCGCGUUUCCAAGCCGCCUGGAUAUUGUUCUACAAGCACAGGUUGGUACAGCUGUGGGAAUCGGCAUAUUUACGGCAAUUUGGACUAAUGACGGAGGAUCCGAAAGUAUGGAUUAAGGCGGGCCUGGGCGUGGCAGCGGCCACAGUUUUGGGCUUUAUUGUGUUGAAGGCCAUAAGUGGAACGCAUUUACGUUAAGGACUCUGUCGAAAAUCUAGAAAUAACUGAACGACACAACUGCCAAGGCAGACGCGCAACUGAAGCUCCCCAUAUACCAUCCACAAUCCACAAUACAACAUCCACUUUAAGAGUUACAAAAACACAAAAAAAAAAAAAGAAAACUAGAAAUAGAAAUUCUUGUUUCGUUUCGUUUGCUUCAUAAUAAUUGCAAAUCUAAAUUUAUUGUUAAAAAGAAAAAAAAACCACUCUCCAUGGAUUGUAGAGUUUUACAAUGUACAUAAAUAAUUAAUUAAUUUAAACUUUAUAAGCAUUGGCAGAGCAAAAACAAAACAAAGGCAGUAACAGGAAAAUAUUAAUAACAUUAUUGUUAGUCAAGCACACUACUAAAAUACGUUGCAUUUCUACAUAUAUAGUGCAAAUAUAUAUAUAUCGAUAUAUAUAUAAUUAUAAACUAUAUACUUAACGCUGUAUACUCUGAUAAGUCUUAUUAGCUUACGUUAACAAUUAAAUACAUCAUAUUUAUGGCCGAUCACGCAAUCAAUUUAUUGUGAUUAGCGAGUACUCUAUAUAGUCUUAUGUAUUACAUACUUAUAUUGGAUGUACAUACACAUGCAUAUUUUUAUUUAUAUAUUUUGUGGUAUAUAUUAUCGUUUUUGGCGUCCGAAUCUUGUAAAUACGCGCAAAUCCCCAAAACUGAGCAAUAAAUCUAUUUAAACAUA